AUGGCUAUGAUAUUUGGUUGGCAGGAGAUGUUCGACGCCAUACCCAGCAUCUUCCUAGCUAUACCUUUCGGUGUUCUGGCAGAUAAGGUGGGCCGGAAGUGGAUCUUCACUGCGAGCUUGAUGGGUCUACAGCUGAGCAGCGCUUGGGUACUUGGCAUCUGCUAUUUCAAGAAUCUUCCACUUCAGUUAACAUGGCUGUCAUCAGCCUUCUAUCUGAUUGUUGGCGGACCCAUUGUUGCAGCAGCAAUCGGCAUCACCAUGAAAUCCGACAUCGCGCCCCCCGAGAAGCGAACGACUAUAUUCUUGUACCUGACAGCUUCUAUCUAA